AUGGCCGAGUACGACUUGACAUCCACGCUACUCAAGUACGUGGAUCGCCAUCUCGGCUUUCCCUUGCUCUCACACCUCUCUUCGACGGGCUUCUUUGACGAGAAGGAUAUUGUGAGGGCGCAAUAUGAGCUUGCGAGAGGAACCUCGAUGGUCGACUAUGCGCAGUCACUUCACGAGCAAGCAUUCCCUGGCCAACAAGCGCCCGCAGAGCUCGAGGCGCAGCGAAAGGAGGCGCUGGCUCAGCACGAGAAGCUGGGAUCCGAGGUAGACACCGUCCUCAACGUCAUCGAGGACCCUAAUGUCGCUUCUGCUCUCAAGCAGGACAAGGAGAAGAACCUCGAAUGGCUCAAGCAGAACUACGACCUCGACCUGGAACAAAUCAGCACCCUCUACCGCUAUGGCCAUUUCCAAUUCUCGUGCGGAAACUACAACGAGGCAUCCUCAUACCUCUAUCACUUCCGCAUCCUCUCCAUCGACCCGGUACUCACUCUCUCCUCGCACUGGGGCAAACUGGCGGCGGACGUCCUCACGGGAGAGUGGGACAGGGCAUUGGAGGAGUUGAAGUUGAUCCGCGAGCAGGUGGAGCGUAACGAUGGAGAGUCAGCAGAGGCGCUGCUCCAGAAGAGGACAUGGCUUCUUCACUGGAGUCUGUUCGUGUGGUUCAACCACCCUGAGGGCAGGCAAGGUUUGGUAGAGAUGUUCCUCUCCCCACCCUAUCUCAACACCAUCCAAACCACGUCGUGGUGGCUGCUUCGCUACCUCGUGGCCGCCCUCAUCCUGACCCGCCGCACCUCUCGCGUCUUCAUGGUCCCGCAACCCACCUCCCCCGGUUCCGGCCUCCUCAACGCCAGCCCCGUAUCCAAAGUCACACCCGUAGCCGCCCUCCGAGAUGUAUCCCGCAUCAUCGUAUCCGAGGCAGAGUACCGUCUGCGACCGGACCCCAUCGUCGACUUUGUUGCCAAGCUGUACGGCGACUUUGACUUCGAGGCCGCACAGGAAGAGCUCAAGAAGGCCGAGCAGGUGGCAGAGGGCGAUUUCUUCCUCUCCGACUUUAAGGACAGUUUGAUCGAGGGGGCUAGAUACCUCAUCUCGGAGGCGUACACUCGCGUACACCAACGUGUGGACAUUGCCGACCUCUCGCAGCGUUUGAACCUGUCCAAGGACGAGGGAGAAAAGUGGAUCGUCAACCUGGUACGAGACACGCGUGCAGACGCGAAGAUUGACUUGAAGGCGGGCGUGGUGACGAUGAACUUGCAGGCGACGCACCCGCCCAUCUACCAGACGAUCAUCGAGCAGACUCGCGGCUUCACCUUCCGCACUGCUGCAAUGGGUCAGGCCAUCGAUCGCAAGGCGCAUCCGAUUGCGCCUUCGAAUGGAGCUGAGGGUGGGGCUGCGCAGGCGACGAGAGGAGGUAGGGGAGGAGGACGAGGUGGGCGUGGUGGGCGUGGAGGGCGCGAAGGAGGAGGUGGGCGUGGUGGUGCGCGAGGAGGAGGAGCGGCAGCGGGGCAGACGGCAGCGCAGGCACAGGCAGAAGGUGGUGCGCCUGUGGCACCGUCAUCAGCAGCUCCGGCAUCUGUAUCGACCGAGGCUUGAGUAGAGUCGCGUCAAUGUCAUCAUAGCCCUUGCGCGUACAAUCCACGUGGCGUGGCGUGAUGCAGUGCAUCU